UGAAAUAAGAUUACAACAUUUAAUUCAAUGAUAGUUGUAUUGUAUCACAGAUAACACCCUGCAUAAUUUAUGUCUGUUAUAUAACCAACAUCACUGAUGCCAGGUCAGUGGUUUUUCUAUGCAUACGUAUGAUAGGAUUGUGAAAUAUUUCUCAAAUUGGUUAUGUUUGGGGGUAGGAAAUGGUGGCCAUAAGCUUUCAGCACUUUAUGCAUCGGUUAGGAAAUAACUGAUUUACUCAGUCUAUAAAUCUUAUAAGUAUAUCGGAACAUUAUAGGAAGGGGUAAGUCAGACACUGACAUUCUUGUGUAUCUAGAAGUAGUGUAAGCUUCUAUGAAUUUUGCAUGCUCAUUUAAAAAACCCAUGGUCCUCAUGUACUUGUAUAUAUUAAAAUAUAGAUUAUUGAUUUUCCACUCGUCACCUCUUAGAAAUUCUCAAGAAUCGAACGAGUCUUUUAACAUUGUUGAGUGAUUGAGCUGGAUUAUAAUUCACUUCCUGUUUGAUGCCGUUACCAAUUAGAGAAUUUAUCUGGGUGUGUGGAAUGCAGUGACUGCAUCAAAGAGGCAGGGAAAUGAACGGUUACGAUCAUUACGGACGGAACGGAUUUAACCCUGUAAAUUCUGUAGAUCCGUAUAACCACAGGGAAAUGGACUUUAACAGUCCAAGGCGUUCAAUUUAUGAUGGCUCUGUGUUCGGAAUAUCCGACAUGCCAACCGCAAGAGAUGACUCGUAUGAAAGAAAUGACUAUGGGAGAUCGCAGAGGAAUGGAUUUGGUCACGAUUUAGAUCGUACAAGCUUUGAUGGCCGCUAUGAUAUGAGAGAUGAUGAUCGGAAUAUACAGUUUGAAUUGGACCAUCUCGCAACCUUCAGCUCCAGAUCAGGGACAAUGUCCCCGGAGGAUGGUUUGCGGAAGCUGCGGCAGAUGGAGAGCACCACGGGAAUCUGGACCAUGCGGUGCACCAUGUUUGUGGACAGGGCGUCCAGUAAUCUCGUCAUAGUAGACAGAAGCAAUGGGGAUGAACUGGAGAGAUUUUCGCUGGACCUCGUUUAUGAACCUACAGCCAUAUUCAAGGAUGACAAGAGAGAAAUCUACACAAACUUGAUCCUGUUCACAGUACUGGACGACCCUCGCAAGAGGAGUGGUCCAUCUGACAUGCACAUCUUCCAGAGCAUAGCGAACCCUUUAACUAACCAAGCAACAAAGGCACAGGAUAUUGUGGAUGAAAUACAGGCAGCAAAGGAAGGGCGGGGCAGAGCUACUUCAGGACAGAGGAUACCACCUCCACCCUCAGGCCCUGCACCUCAGCCCCCAAGGUUUGGAGAUAUGGGUGUGAACAUUAUAUCACCUGAUAUAAGUGACAGCAAUCAAAAUAUAGAAACUCAGGUCAGAAAUCUGGACAUUCAUGAUGCAGAAUCUUACUUGAAAGAGAGUGCAGGUCUGGGUCGCAGUGAUUUCUUCACACAGCAGGGCCCUAGAGAACGGGAUAAUCAGGCCAAUAGUAUCGUAGAUGAUGACAUUAACUACAGACAGAGCCGAGUGGGAGGUCUGGGGGGACUGGGACAAACCAACAGGGCCUCGUACAUGCCCACAGAAAUGGACAGCCCCCAGAACGAAAUUCUAGAGAGGGAUGUGCAACUGCUAAAUGCUUGUUUUGAUGACAUAGAAAAGUUUGUGUCAAGACUUCAGCAGGCGGCAGAAGCAUAUAAAGAGUUAGAAAGGCGACGGAAGGACAGGAGCAACAAAAAGUCCAAAAAUGGUCGACCCACUGGAGAUGGGAUGCUGAAUAUGAGAGCAAAGCCCCCACCUGCUGAUGAUUUCAUUGACAUUUUUGAAAAGUUCAAAUUCGCAUUUAACCUGUUGGCAAAGCUGAAGGCACACAUUCAUGAUCCUAAUGCACCAGAGCUUGUUCACUUCUUGUUCACCCCAUUGAGCCUGAUAUACGAGGCUAGCCGUGACCCAGUGCAUGGGGGUCGGGACCUUGCUGAGAGUGCAACAAGGCCAGGCAUUACCCAGGAUGCUAAGCAAUUGUUACUGAACUGUUUAACAUCCAAAGAACUUGAACUGUGGCAGUCACUGGGAAAAUCAUGGAUAAAUAGCAGAGACAACUAUGGAGACACAUACAUGCCGCGGUUCUACAAUGGGUGGGCCCCUGCGAUGUCGGCCCCUGCGAUGUCGGCCCCAGUAGAAAGGUUAGACAGGACUCGUAUUGAGGAUGCUCUGAUGAACCAUGAGAGACAGAUUCGGGACCGCAACUAUGAGGAGAGAGCAAGGAGAGAGGGAGGAGAUAUGGUGAUGCCUUUCCCGUCAGCUCGAGAUGACGACAGGAACUACGGUGGGAGAUCAACUCGUUACGACCAGUUCAGCAGACCCCCAGAGGAAAAUAACUACGCAAGGUCGACCAAGCGUCCCUCCACUCCCCCUCCACAGGGAGUUCCCUAUACUAACCCUAGUGUAGCACGGUAUCAGGAGCAUGUCGAACAGCACAUUAAUAGUGAACGAGACGACAUUUACAAGAACAGGGAAGUUCAUGAACCUAGGAUGCCAGAGCCCAGAACUAAGCAGGACAAGAUGCUGGACUUUGUCCAAGAAACUCUGAGGGCUAAUGGAAAAGUGAUGGAAGCAGUUCAUGAUCGCCAGGGAAGAAAUGCCAAAGAAAUCACUGUGCAGAAAGGGGAACUACUACAGGUGUUAGAUGAUACCAGAAACUGGUGGAAACUGAAGAAUCAUGAGGGUCACAUAGGGUAUGCCCCCUACACAAUACUUAAGGAGUACGAGGCCAAUGGUAUGGGAGAUUUUGACAAGAGACCUUGGGAACAUUUGAUGACGAGGGGUAGAAGAUCAAGCGGAGAAUACAACAGCCACAUUCAGACAAAUGGGGCACCUGCCCCACCAGCCCCCCCACCCCCUCCCAACGGGGGCAGUCGUCGCCAAGACGACCGUGAUGACAGAAAGCAGCGGAAACCUAGCAACAGGCGCCGUAACUAUAGCGACGACUACAGCAGCGGGAGUGCCAGUGACGAAGAUCGACGAUCCUAUGGACGCAGCAGUGAUAGACGGAACAGUCCGCGCAGUCCUCGAGACGAUAGUGACGGCUGGAGUCGAGACAGUAGUGACAGGGAAAGGUCAAGGUCAAAUCGACAGAAAAGACGAAAUUCCCCGCCACCGAAACGUAGUGACCCUCCAGCACCACGCUACGACGACCCGCCAUCAAGAUACAGCAAUAAGUCACCACGGCAGAGAGAACCACCCCCGGUCCCUGCUACAAAACCCCCGCCACUCCGGGGACAAAAAGAUAAGAAAAGAGAUGACCUUCACGACGAACUCCAACAACGCAUGAACAUAGGUCCAAAGUCAGGUCAGAAACCACAGAGAGAACGCCAACAGGUCAGGGUCAUUACUGCAAGGUCAUCCGUGGACGAGGUCGCAGACUGGUUGGAUACCAAAGGGUUUUCUGAAAAUUGUAUACGAGUGUUUCGGGGUUACAAUGGAGAGGAUAUGUUCCGUCUAAAGAAGAAAGAGAUGGAUCGGCUUAUUGGUCAGCAAGAGGCACAGAGACUCGAGAGCCAAAUAUUGGUCCAGAAAAACAAAGAAGGGUAUAAGACAGCACGCAGUGGCGGGAAGGAGUUACAGGCGAUUCUGCACAAAAGGAAAGAAAUGGCCGACCGUAAAGACGACUCAGUAGAAGUGGCCGACUACUCCGACUCGGAGAGUGACGCAUCCGAUAAUUUUGAAAACGCCGGGAAGACGUUGAGAGCAAUGUUACGUCAUCAGCGGAAGCGGAUUUCGAACACCACUUACCGUGAUUAACAAGAACAACUCAUUACAAGAUUCGGAUCAAACAGACAGAACAAAACUUCUUGUUUAUCUUCUUCAUAUUCAGUCAAAUAUCCAGAUAUGUUUAAUGUGUGAUUACUCUCAAAUAAUCAGCUAAAAAUGUGAUUUCCAUUUCUAUUUUUUUUUUCAACUGUUAUUCGGAAGAACAUAUAAUGCAAAAGGUUCUGUGAUACUUGCAAAUUGUAGGGACAUUGAAAACAAUCUGCUUUCUUACUAAAAAUAUAGCAAAGCAGAGCAGAGAAUCAAAAGUCACUCGAGAUGAAACUGACUUCCAUUUACUAUAGUGUAGAACUAUGUGUUGUCUGUUCCAACACUGUGUAAUCGGCUUUUGCAAAUGUAUUCGUUAAUCUUGCCGUUUUGUGUGAAACUUAAUCCAUGCGCAAAUACAAUUGAUAAGACAUGUAGAUACAUAUUCUUAUAGAUUAAGUUAUAUUUAAAUAUAUUUACGUGCCAUAUAGUAUUUUAGUAUGUGAUUUUAACUGGCGUAAAGUUUAUUUCAUGGUUGUGGGAAAUACCAAAGGAGGGUUUAGACUAUUUAAUAAUCAUACAAUUAUAUGUCCGAAUUUAACAAACUUGGUAGUCUUAUAAAUGACUCGUGCAAUUUAAUUUCUAAAUCAAAAUCAUUACUAGUAUUUUUUUGGCCACAUCUUGCCUAUUUAUCAUGUGCAUAUAUCACUCUUUGUGUAACCAAUUUGAUUAAUACUUUUGUUUGUUGUUUUAAUGUUGCUGACCCUAAAAACCCAAUAAUCUUUUAUGUAAUCAUAUAUCAAUGUAAAAUUAAUCGUCAAGAAAAUGUUUGUCUUUUUCACGUGUGCAUUUAUAUGUAGACUAGUUCUCCGUUAAAUCCAUUCAUUACUUUCCAAAUGAAAGCUGAAUACUAUGAUACUAGUAAAUAACAACACAUUGUGUGGAAUUAGCAACGACACGCUGCAGCUAUUUAAUAUUUGGCAUAUUAAAUGUACAGACACAUAAUUAUGGCAUAAAGUUGGAUCACAUGAUUUAUCUAUUUAAUAAAACAAAUAUGAAAAUUUAAACUUUCCGCUGUACGUGUCGUCCUAAACUGGUAUUUAACACCUGAGCAAUUCUUUAUAUAGCCUUGCUAAGAAACCGGUUCUUAAGAACCAGGUGACACAAACAGGUAUUCGAAUGAAAACCUUAUAUAUCCGGAUAAUUAAUUCAUUAUUAUACCAAGUAGAAAUUGAUUUCUGUCUAAUUCGUCCCUCAAACGAAAGAAAUCAUAUGUACCUAUCUCCUUCCCGGGAAGCCGUAUUCUUCAAAGGGACCCGAUAGCUCCGCUAAGAAAGGGCGGAUAAAUCCUUAUCUUGUUAGAAUAAUUUUCAAGUUAUUACUUCAUAUGAUUCCUUAAAAUCCAAGCAACACAUUUUAAUGAAAACUGUAAAAGUAAAAAUCAAAAAGGAUCCGUUGUUUAAAAAUAUUAAAACACACAAAGUGCUUCCUAUUUUCAAUGACUUAAUUUGACCAACUUUAUUAUUCUCUCUGUUAUUUUUUUUAUGUAGAUGACUACAAAUCCAAUAUGGAUUAUUCAUGUAUUCUCCAUUAAUAUGCGUGCCAAUGUAACCCGUGUGCCAUCAUACCAUGCAAUACCCACAUGUAUAUUGUAUUACCAAGAAAGAUUCAUGCAUUUCUUUUCUUUUUGGUCAAAACUUGCUUUAUACCAUUUUUACAUACAAAGACAAAGCAGUUCAGCUUUUAUAUACGCAAUUCAAAUAACCAUAUCAGAAUUAGCUAUAGAACAUAUGUUACUCAUUAGUCCAUGAUGUUAUCAGAAAAUUGUGGUUGAUAAAUAUUCGCAAGAAACUUAUUUCUUUGUGAAUAUUGUCGCGCACUAGAAAUGUUAAGAUAUAUAGUAUGCAUGUAGUAUAAAACCAUUUGUUUUGUUCAUAAUAAAAUAUCAUUUUUAA